AUGCUGGAGUGCCAAGAAGGCCCAGGGCCCCCACAGCCACACAAGAAGGCCCAGGGCCCCCCACAGCCACACAAGAAGGCCCAGGGGCCCCUCACAGCCACACAAGAAGGCCCAGGGCCCCCACAGCCUCACAAGAAGGUCCAGGGUCCCCCACAGCCUCACAAGAAGGUCCAGGGCCCCCCACAGCCUCACAAGAAGGCCCAGGGGCCCCCACAGCCACACAAGAAGGUCCAGGGCCCCCCACAGCCACACAAGAAGGUCCAGGGCCCCCCACAGCCUCACAAGAAGGCCCAGGGGCCCCCACAGCCACACAAGAAGGUCCAGGGCCCCCCACAGCCACACAAGAAGGCCCAGGGCCCCCCACAGCCUCACAAGAAGGCUCAGCCACACAAGAAGGCCCAGGGCCCCCCACAGCCUCACAAGAAGGUCCAGGGUCCCCCACAGCCUCACAAGAAGGUCCAGGGCCCCCCACAGCCUCACAAGAAGGCCCAGGGGCCCCCACAGCCACACAAGAAGGUCCAGGGCCCCCCACAGCCACACAAGAAGGUCCAGGGCCCCCCACAGCCUCACAAGAAGGUCCAGGGUCCCCCACAGCCUCACAAGAAGGUCCAGGGGCCCCCACAGCCACACAAGAAGAUCCAGGGCCCCCCACAGCCACACAAGAAGGUCCAGGCCCCCCCACAGCCUCACAAGAAGGCCCAGGGCCCCCCACAGCCUCACAAGAAGGUCCAGGGUCCCCCACAGCCUCACAAGAAGGUCCAGGGCCCCCCACAGCCUCACAAGAAGGCCCAGGGGCCCCCACAGCCACACAAGAAGGUCCAGGGCCCCCCACAGCCACACAAGAAGAAUAAAGAGAAAGUGGCGAUAAUAGAGCGUAAGGUAGAAGAAGUAGAAGAGCAUAAGGUAGAAGUAAAAGAGCAUAAGGUACAAGAAGUAGAAGAGCAUAAGGUAGAACAAGUAGAAGAGCAUAAGGUAGAACAAGUAGAAGAGCAUAAGGUAGAACAAGUAGAAGAGCAUAAGGUAGAACAUGUAGAAGAGCAUAGGGAAGAACAAGUAGAAGAGCAUAGGGAAGAACAAGUAGAAGAGCAACAAGUAGAAGAGCAUAAAGUAGAACAAGUAGAAGAUCGUAAGGUAGAACAAGUAGAAGAGCAUAAAGUAGAACAAGUAGAAGAUCGUAUGGUAGAACAAGUAGAAGAUCGUAAGGUAGAACAAGUAGAAGAGCGUAAGGUAGAACAAGUAGAAGAGCAUAAAGUAGAACAAGUAGAAGAGCAUAAGGUAGAACAAGUAGAAGAGCAUAAGGUAGAACAAGUAGAAGAGCAUAAGGUAGAACAAGUAGAAGAGCAUAAGGUAGAACAAGUAGAAGAGCAUAAGGUAGAACAAGUAGAAGAGCAUAAGGUAGAACAAGUAGAAGAGCAUAAGGUAGAACAUGUAGAAGAGCAUAAGGUAGAACAAGUAGAAGAGCAUAAGGUAGAACAAGUAGAAGAGCAUAAGGCGAAGGUAUGGAACCACAGCAAAGGUAUCACUUCUUCCAGGCGAAGUUAUGGAACCACACCAAAGGUAUUACUUCUUCCAGGCGAAGUUAGGGAACCACAGCGAAGGUAUUACUUCUUCCAGGCGAAGUUAUGGAACCACAGCAAAGGUAUUACUUCUUCCAGGCGAAGUUAUGGAACCACAGCAAAGGUCUUGGACCCUAAUCCCGGCAAGAUUAGCUGGGCGUCACCCCCAUUGCAUUUGUUUGUUGUUUUAUAUCUAAUCGUUGGGUCGAGUCUGUGUCGAUUGGACCUCGAUAAUCGGCACCGGGUGUGUGGUCUCGAUGUGGAUGAAUCCGGAUGA